CACGUGGAAAGGUCGUUACCAGUUACUGUCCAUAACCUUCGUCCUCUUAGUCCUUACAUAGGACUGAUAACUCACAGGCGUGUCUCCUUCCUCGCCUUUCCCAUUACUCUCCUUAAUUCCUUUAGUCUGUUCUCUUGCUAUCUCUCACUCUAUCAAGCACUGUCUACUCCACUUCACAGAACCACGCUCUUCUUAGAUGGCCAUGGUCACUGCCUCUGCUCAUUGUUCUCUCAAGCUUUCCUCUCCUUUGCUACGCACCUCUGCGUUUCCCACUAUCCCAACAGCUUCCUCCAAAUGCUUCUUCCCUUCGUCGUUGACGCCUGAUUUAUCUGCCACUAGAAGAAGAGCUCUCUUCUCUCCUUCAGUUAUAAAAAGCAAAAUUAGCCAAGAUGUUGAUUGUGUUGAGGAGGCUGAGCGGCUACAAAUACAAGUGGGGAAGCCCAGUGAGACUUUCUUGUACUCCAAUCUUCUGCCUCUGCUGUUUUUGGCUGCUCUCCCUGGAGCUGGUGCUGUGACAUCUCUAUUUGAGCCUUUCGUUGAGCUUGUCAAAUCAUUCAAUCUUCCUGGAUGGCUAGUGCAUUGGGGUCAUCCAGGCAACAUGGCUGUUGUGCUUUUUGCAAUGGGUGGCUAUGGAUCUUAUCUUGGAUACCGGAUACGGUAUUCUGAUGAUAUGGAGGAGAAGGCCAAAGCCAAAGACUUGCACCCCAAGCUUCUAGCUGGGAUGUUUUUCUUCUUUGCUGCUGGAGCUACUGGUGGAGUAACAGCUCUUCUCACUUCUGACAAACCCAUUUUUGAGAGCUCUCAUGCUGUCACUGGAUUUAUUGGCCUUGGUCUCUUGACCAUUCAGACAAUUUUACCUUCUUUGUUUGAGGGUAAUCCAAACUUAAGAAGUGUUCAUGGGGUCUUGGGUACUGGGAUAAUGACAUUGUUUGUUGUCCAUGCUGCUCUUGGACUUCAACUUGGUCUAAGCUUCUAAUAUCCUCUCCAUGCCUAGAUUUCUUGGACAUUCUUCCAUUCUUUUAGCUGAUUAGCCUUCAUAUUUGGACACCAAUCAAGUAAAAAGCAGCAAAACAAGUGGGAUUUGUAAUUCGGCAGAGAAACAUACAGAACAAUCGAUGAUCAUGAAAUUGUUCCCCAAAUAAAGUAGAUAUGAUGUUAUGCCCCAACAUGUGAAUGUUUUAUAUAGUUUAAUACUUUAAUCUAAAGAUGCAACAUCUCAUGUGAAUUUAAGACUC